UCCUCCGCUCCGAUAGACCCCCCCUUCAGUUUCCGCUGUUGUAGGAAAAACGUUGUGAAGGCCGUUAGCAGAGUGUCCCCUGAGAGCGCCAGUCGCGGAAAUGUCUAAUGAGAAAGGUUCCCUCGGGGGAGGUGUAGAGAAAGGAGAGGAGCCGGUGGGGACCGUCGCUGCUAGUGCGUACUCUGUGAAGCAGGCGGAUGAUGGGGAGGAGCCGAUGAAGGUGGGAGUGGCGCUGGGGGCUGGUGGCUGCUCUGACGACCUCAGCUAUGGCGAGGCCAGCAUAGACCCCAGCCUCCUAGGGCUUGCGGGGGACGAGGAGAAAUGCCGGAAAAUCCGCAAGAAGUACCGGCAGCUCAUCUAUAACGUCCAGCAGAACCGUGAUGACCUAGUGAACACCGUGAGCGACUCGUUAACCUUGGCGCUGGAAGAAGCCGAUGUCCUGUUUGAUGGAGUGAGCCGAACAAGAGAAGCGGCUCUCGAUGCCCAGUUUCUUGUUCUGGCUUCUGAUUUGGGUAAAGAAAAAGCAAAGCAACUAAAUUGCGAUAUGAGCUUUUUUAACCAAGUAGCGUUUUGUGACUUUCUGUUUAUAUUUGUGGGUCUAAACUGGAUGGAAGAGGAACAUGAGGAAUUGAGUGGCUUUGAUGAUAAUAUAGUUCUUUCCUUCUGGGACACAGUACAGAAGGAGGCAUCGUCCUGGAUUUUGCAAGCUGAGACAUUCCACUUUAUUUUUGGUUCAUUCAAGUCCAAACCUGCACCAAGGCCCCGACUUGAACACCUCAAAAAAGCUCUCAAAAUGGAAGAAAAUGGGGAUAUGCCUGCAAAGCUGAGGAAGUUGGACCUGAGUAAUAAUCAAGAAACAACAGAAAAAGAAGUAGAAAGAAUCUUGGGAUUGUUGCAAACUUACUUUCAGAAGUAUCCUGAUACUCCUGUGUCCUAUUUUGAGUUUGUGAUUGAUCCAAACUCUUUUUCUCGUACUGUGGAGAAUAUAUUUUAUGUUUCUUUCAUUAUAAGGGAUGGUUUUGCGAGACUAAGGCUUGACCAAGACAGGCUGCCGAUAUUAGAGCCAAUUAAUAUUAACCAAGUGGGUGAGGGAAAUGAUCCCUGUUCUCAUGGCAGGAAACAAGGAGUUAUAUCUUUGAGUUUACAGGACUGGAAAAAUAUUGUGGCAACUUUUGAAAUUUCAGAGGCUAUGAUCACAGACUCCUACUAGGGAUUUUUGUUCUUCAUGUAGGAUGCAUUUUGUGGCUUUUCUGAAGUAUCUCAAAAUGGAGAGUAAAAUCAAGCAGAAGCACAUAACUAUUUCAUGUAAAGUGAGAAAGUAUUUUCAAAAAUGCCAGAAAUUGUUUUACUGUGCAGUGUAUUUUUUUUUUUUUUGGUAGUUUAUAAGGUUGUCAUGAUCUUCUGUUAUUAAAAAAUUAUUCACUGGCAUGUUUGCGGGAAGAUUUUUUUAAAAUGCCCUUUAAGACUUUAUCAAUAAAAAUUAGUUCUGGAAUUCAUAAGAGGCAUUUGAUAGUUUACCAAAAAAUCAAUUUUAUGAUGCUAUUUGAUACUGCAUUGCUUCCUCUGUUAGAGGGAACUUGUAUGGGGCACCUGACAAAGUGGGGGAAAAAAGUAGUCAAGAAAGACUAUCCGUAGGGCAGUGAAUAAACAAUGCUAAUACUGUAAAAAAAUCUAGAUGUCGUGCUUCAUUUCAAGGAGGACUCAGUAAGAUUAAUGAGUGAGAUCCAUAAGCUAAAUAAUUUAUCCUGUGAUUAGACUUAUCUACUGUAGAGACAUUCUACUUUUGUUAGGUGAGGCGUCAGUUAAGUGCAUGCUGAAAGGUGAGUAGGGAUUGGUCAAAGAUAGAAGAAAGGUAUUCUAGGCAGGGGAAUACGGAGGUCAAAUACAUGGAAUUGUGAGAAAUUAUGGCACCAGAGAUUCAUGAGUUGUUUCUUUUUUAUUUUAAACUAUUCCAU